AUGACUGCUCUGCCGACCUCUACCGACGUUCAAACGCCCACCAUCGCUACAGGCGCGUGCUAUCCUAGCCCCCCGAAGGCCCGUCUUAUGCAGCCCGAGUCGACGAAAAAGAAACAGGCAACUUGUGAUCGUGAAUCCAGCUUCGAGCCGGAAUCGGAGGACGAGGAGCCCGCACCAGAGAUACCCUCGUCUCCCGAGGUGCCGCUCAAGCUUCUUCACGCACUCGAGUUGCAAAUGACACCCGCCAAGGUCGCCGCUUCGAAGAGGGACACCUCCAUGCCGCCCAUCUAUGAUGGACGGAAGGCGAGCAUCCCGACUGUCGAGACACCAUCUACGCCUCUGCCUCUGCCUUCUUCCCGGACCACGCCCCUGCCUACCACCCCGCCCACGCCCAAAGACCUGUCAAAGCCCCAGAUCCAGCACCAGCGCCCGUUCGACCCUCGGAACCCGUUCACCCAGAUGCACAUGCGCAAGCCGCGUCCCAAGACCAAGCCCGCGACCAAAGCCGCACCUCUGCCCCCUCCGAAGAAAGCCGCGCCCUCGCGCCCCGCGCACGAGUCCCCGUGGGCGAAGACGACCCCGCACAAGAAACGCGGGCAGCGCCCGGCCCCGCCGCCCGUUGGGUCCCGCAUCUGCUACUGGGAUGGGUGCGGAACAAACGUCAAGGACGCCCGCUUCAUCUGGGACCACAUCAAGGAGGAACACAACAGCGGGCGCCCGGUGCGCGUCGGGGUGAAGGUGAAGACGUAUAAGGGGAAUGGGGGAAGGAAGGGCAUGGCAAAGGUGGAGAUUCCGCUCAAGAGAGAGAUCGACGAGGACUAUGAUGCCCCCGAGCUGGAGGAGGGCGAGAUACUGGAUAUGGAUCGCCAGGACGAUGCUCUGGAGGACGCGGAGCUUGAUCCUGCUAUUCUGGAUGCGCUCGAGGAGCACAUGGCGAAGCUCACGAAGGUGGAGGAAACCGACGAGCAGGUCCCCGUGGAGGUGGAGCUGGUCCGGAGCUCGAAGACGAAGACCGCGCAGUGGUUCGACCGGGUCGUGUGCCGCUGGGGCGACUGCGACUGCGAACUGCAGUUCAUCGGGCUGCAGCGACACGUCGAGACGAAGCACAUCCCACUGCGCGGCGCGUGGUGCCCGAAGGGGUGUGGCCGGCAUGUGGCCCGAUCGGACAUGCUGUGGCGCCACGUCGAGAACUGCAGGAUGUAG